UCUAGACAAGUAUUCUUGUCCCAGUCCUAAACGAUCUUCCUAGGGUACAGGUUCAGAUCAAAUCCCAGUUCGAUCCGAAACUUUAAAAUUUCUUCUCCUAUCCUUCUCCCGUCUCCAGUAGCUACCGGAGCAUAAAUCUUCUCUGAACCUAACCCUAGGAUUCCAACAUGCUUGUACUAGGUUUCCUGAGUUCAGUCCUUCUCUGUAUCCUUGUAGGCCUAAUUCUUAAGAAGAGUAUAGUGAAAAGAUAUUAUAUUCGAUUCUCUCAGACGGAUUGCAUAUACGGUUCAUAUAUACCAUUCGUGACUCCGCAACCCUUGGUAAACCAUCAAAAUAAACAUGCUGGAGUAAUGUAUAAGGAAGCUCCAGGUCCCAUCAAGUAUCCUAUCAUUGGAUCCCUGUAUUUGAUGGGUCAGGAUAAAUAUCCUUUUCAAGCUCUUACAAAACUGAAGGAGGAGUACGGGAAUGUGAUCUCCCUGCGGCUAGGAACUACAGAUUGUAUCUCAGUAUCCGAUGAAUGGUUGAUCCAUCAGGUUCUCAUAGAGAGGGGAGAACACUUCGACGCUCGACCCAACUUCCUCCGAUUCCACUUGAUGUUCGGAGGUUCAAAACAAAACGCUCUGGCUUUCUGUGAUUACGACGAGAUACAGAAAAUCAGAAAGAAUCUACUUGCAGCGCACACGUUUCCUCGGAGGAAUACCCUGUCAUACGAUAAAUUGGAUCAGAUAAUCUUCAGCGAACUGGAUAUUUUCCUGGAGCAUUUGAACCAGAACACUGAUAUCAAACUCUACCUUUCAAAGGCGUGUAGCAACAUUUUCAAUGGAUAUUUCUGUGACACUGAGCGCAAGGAUUACACAGACUUGCAGCACAAUAAAUACGUAGAUCUAUUUGAUAAAGUGUUUUGGGAGGUGAACAAUGGACGCGCUGUGGACUUUAUCCCGGAGUUAAUGAUUCUCAUGCAGCUUCAGAUGCUUGGAGUUAAAUCUCAAUGUCGUUCUAUCAGAAAAUACGUGAUGGAUGUUAUCCUGCAGAACAACCUGAGCUCCGACCAGGAGAACCUGGUUGGGAGCCUGUUCUCCAGAGUAGAGGAAGAUAAAGCAAAUGAGGACCCUGAGACGACCUUGAACCGAGAGUGUGCUUUGUACGCUCUGGAGGAUAUCCUGGGAGGACACUGCGCAGUCUCUAAUAUAACGAUAAGAAUGCUCCGGGACAUAACAGAUAACCCUAAGGUUCAAGAGAAGCUCCGAGCUGAGAUAGAGAAGGAGGUUGGAGCUGCCAGGAUGAGCAGCUACGAUGUUGGAAAUAUUCAUUAUCUGAAGGCUUGCUUCCAUGAAACUCUCCGAACCACCUGCUCAGCAAUAGUUCCUCAUAUGGCCAACUCUAACACUACUCUAGGAGACUAUUUUGUUCCCAAGGACACUGUUGUUAUAAUUAACAAUCACUACACUAACUUUUCCGAGACACUCUGGACCAACCCGGAGGAAUACAAUCCGGACAGAUUUAUAGACCAGAGAACUGGGAAAUUUAUGAAACCAUCACAUUUCCAGCCUUUCUCAUCAGGACGGAGAUCCUGUAUAGGAUACAAGAUAGUUACCAUUGUAACCACCGGUAUCAUUGCAGCGAUUAUCAGGAACAAAAGAGUUGAAUCUGAUAUUCCUGAAAUACCUGUAGGAUUCUUAGCUCUUCCGACCCAGCCUUACUUCUUUCAAUUCUCAUCUGUACAACAAUAGAAUGCCUGUAUAUGUGUUCAAAGCCUGUACAUGUGUAUAUCAUCUGUACGUUUGCAUGGGAUCUGUGCAUAUGUAUGGAAACUGUACAUGUGUAUAUAAUUUGAACAUGUUGAUAGAAUCAUGUACAAUGUACAUGGGUACAAAACUAUGUAUAGUAAAAGUAUAUGUAAAGAACCUGUGUAUGUUACUGCAACUUGUACAUGUAUAAUGUGUAUGUAUAUUGUACAUAUAAAAACAUCCUUUACAUAUGUAUACGCAUCUGUACAUGAUAUAUACAAGUGUACAGAAACUCUUUGUUUGCAGAGAACAGUAUUGCAUUACAUUUGCUUUUCACUAUGUACAUUGUACAAUGUACGUACAUAUCUAUUUAUUAUCUUAUUUACAAUAUUCAUUCGAAACAACCAGCCAUAAUACUAUCUGAAAGAAUCCUUCCAUUUCGUUUGACUUGUUAAUGCUUUGAUCGUUAAAUUUGUCGAUCACGGUCAAUUUAUGAUGUUUUCGCUAUUUGGUUUCACUUCGAUCUUGAUAUUUCCGAAUUAAACCAUAAGUUUUACUUUAUUUUAACAAAAUUGUUUAAAUUUGUUGUUACACACCCACUUUGAAAAAGCCUAACUCGUUCUGCUCCAAGAUAAAUUAUUUAUCUGAAAGCCAACAGGGGGUUUAACUUAGAUACAUUAAAUUCUUUAUUAAAGAAAAGUUAUUUUGAUCAUUCUUUACAAGUUUAGAGUUUUUACUCUGACUUACUUUUACAGAAAUCCCCCAGAUAUGGAGAAAUAUUUUAAAUCAAUGAAUCAGAAGUUUUUUUUAAAAGAAUUGUAAUAUUUGUGAUUUUGCGAUCUCACGGUAAGAAACUUAUCCUUUAAAUUUUUCACUUUGAACCUUGAAUUCUAACCCCCCCCCCCAUGCGCAUAUUCAAAUCAUACUGGCUUAAAAUAGCUUAAAUCUCGGAAUUAUAUUUAAAUGUUCUCCAUCUUAGUUUUGUUGUUUUAUCCAGCUUUGGUUCAUUAUUAUUUUUUGUAAAUUAUUCAAUUUUCGGGGCAUUUGUUUGUUUACUUUUAUUGAUGGACGUACAGGGACAAAUUAAACAUUGCUGUACUACUGUACAUAAACUUUACACUUAUAUCUGUUGGUUUGUUUACUAGUAAACUUAGAUUAUAUCUGCCCUACUAACUAGUAAACCUAAAUUCUUUUCCCUGCUGACUAGUAAACCUAGAUUAUCGUCCCUACCAUACUAAUAAACCUAGAUUAUCUACCCUACUAACUAGUAAACUUAGAUUAUUUGCCCUACUAACUAGUAAACCUAGAUUAUCUUCCCUACCAUACUACUAAACCUAAAUUCUCUUCCCUACUAUACUACAAGACCUAGAUUAUCUGCUCCACUAACUAAUAAACCUAGAUUCUCUUCCCUACUAUACUAUUAAACCUAAACUAUCUGCUCCACUAACUGAUAAACCUAGAUUCUCUUCCCUACUUUACUAUUAUACCUAAAUUAUCUGCUCCACUAACUAAUAAACCUAGAUUCUCUUCCCUACUAUACUAUUAAACCUAAAUUAUCUUCUCUACUAUCCUAGUGAACUUAGAUUAUCUUUCAUACGAACUAGUAAACCUAGAUUAUUUUCUCUCUCUACUAUCUAGACCUAGAUUUUCCUUUUUCUUGGCUAGCUUGAGUUAUUUUUGAAAGAAUAAAAUCAAUUUUUAAUAUUUACUUUUCUAAAUUCUCACAAAAAAACUAUACCGUAAAUAGGAAAAUUUAUAUAUCAAUGGUUUUCUUUUUUUUUGUGUAUUUCUUAAAUAAAGUAACCUGUAUGCAUGGUAUAUUCUGAAAUUUCGUUUAAACUGAAUUUCUUUCCUUUGACUUGGAUCGUGAUCAGAGAUAAUAAUUGAGUUUUAAAUAUUUGAUAACCUUAAUUUCUAAAACCACAAUACUCUUGAAUAAAAUAUUUUUCAAAUUUCUUUCUGCUUCUUGAACAAAGUAGAAUUUAUAUACAUUGUUUUCUUUUACUCUUUAUCCUAUCGAUGUUUCAGCAAGCUCAACAUUGAAAAACCAUUCGCUAAAAGUAAAAGAAAUAUCUCCAUUUUUUCCAGAGUACCACAUGGUUCAAAUAUAACACAUCCUGGCUUAAAGGGACUGUCAACGUAAAAGAAAUAUCUCCAUUAAAGGGAGUGUCAACGUAAUUUCAAGUGGCAUCUAUACAGAGGGGAAUGGCCGAUUCACACCUGUAGCCUUUAAACCAGUGUUUUCGCAAAAUGAAAAAAAAUUAUCCUCGUUAUUCUAUUUAAAAUUUGAUAUUUCUGGGUUCUCUUUAUAAGAAAGAUAAGAAACGAUAAUAUAUUCCCUAUUGUGACUCAGAUUACGUCUACAGUCAAUGAUAAACAAUGAGAUGUGUCUUUUUUUGUGGAUUUAUAUUCAACGCAAAGGAUCCUUUGAACUGAAACAUUCAGACUUAUAUUUAAAACUGAAAUCUCAUUUUUAAACCAUUGAUUUAAAUCCUGUGUAAUGUGCAUUGCACCCUCAUGUAAAAAGAACCUUUAGCUUUUGCUUUGUUUUAAUUUUUCUAAAAAUUCCCAAAACUUUCAAUAUUUCAAAUUUGAUCUAAAUUUCACAAAUUUAUAAAAGGCUAAUUGGGCCUGAUUGUAUUUUCUUUAUUGUUCACUGUAUUAUAGUAAUAUACAUUUUUAAAUAUAUACAG